CAAUCAGCUGUUAAUGUUUAUCUUUUUCAAAAAUUGAUAAGUAAUAAAAACAAAAAUUUAGAUCUUGAUUGUGUAUAGACUAUUAUGUCUAAAUUAUAUAUUUACCUGAAAUAAUUACUUAUUUUAAGUGAGGAUAAGCAAGAAAAGAGUUAAGGUACUUUCAUUGCAUUGUCCCCUAAUACAUAUCAUAACAGCAAAAAUGGCUCGAGUUAUAAACAAUGAUUAUUAUAUAGCGCUGGAAUGUAAGGAUCUUCAGGCCAAUGCUAUGUCUGUUGAUUGCACAGGAACUUAUGCUUUAUUAGCAGGGCGAAGAUGUAUUGCUCUAAGAAACCUAGACGAAGAAUACGAAAACAUAUUAAAAUUUCCAAGGACAAGUAAAUAUGAAGUGGGAGCGGCAGAGUGGAACCCCACGUCACAUCAUAAGGAUAUAUGUGCUAUAUCCACAAACGAAAGGCUGGAAAUACUUAACUGGAGAGAAGAAACUUUGUCGGUGUCUCAUUCGCUACGAGCGCACACCAGAUCAAUUUCCGGACUAAACUGGCACAAAACCGAUCCGAACAUAUUGGCCACGUCAUCGGUGGACACUUUUGUGAACAUUUGGGACAUACGAGAUGCCAAAAAACCCACUUUAUCCCUAUCGAACGUGGCCGAAUCCUCUCAGGUCAGAUGGAACAAAGUCUCCCAAAACUUGCUCGCAACAGCGCACGACGGCGAUAUUAAAAUUUGGGAUCAACGAAAGGGAAAUUACCCGUUACAGUACAUAUCGGCUCACUUGGCUAAAAUUUACGGGUUGGACUGGAGCCCUCACAUCGAGAACCAAAUUGCGUCAGCCAGUCAGGAUAAUACCGUUAAGUUCUUCGAUACCAGUAACCCGAGAAAGCCGGAAUUUGUUUUGAGUACCGGAUCACCUGUCUGGCGUGCAAGAUACACACCCUUUGGCAACGGCCUAGUAACAGUAGUAGUACCACAACUACGUAGAGGACACGAGAACAGUCUCCUGCUGUGGAACAUUGCGAACAGAACCGCCCCCAUGCAUACUUUCGUGGGUCACAGAGAUGUCGUUUUGGAGUUCCAAUGGCGUCCAUCGAGAUCCAACGAUCCGAACUUUCAGUUGGUCACUUGGUCCAGGGAUCAAACGCUACUGGUUUGGAAGAUCGAACCCUUUUUGCAGAAACUAUGCGGCUACGAGCCGGACGAUAUUAGUUUUUAUGACGACAACAGCUCCAUUGGACUUAUCGACGAAGUGGCCAGUACAGUAUCGUCGCGAAAAACCUCGAAAAUUCAACCUCUUCAACAAGAAUUCUCCCUGUUGAACGUGCAGAUUCCCAAUUUGGAAGUGAAGAGCAUGGAACCGAUAUCGAGAUGCGUCACCGUAAUGGCCAGAAUCAGUAGCUUUAUCGUUAAUAUGCAGAUAACGUUUCCCAACUCGUAUCCGCACGGAGUGCCGCCGGUAUUUCAAAUAGUACAUGGAUCCAAUAUUAACGAAUCCUCACGCUCCCAAUUAUUACAAACUUUGAAUCACUUAGCGCAACAAAGGGUUUCUAAAAACCGAACGUGCCUGGAACCAUGUUUGCGACAAAUGGUGGCCACUUUGGAGCAACUCGCGUGCGACAUAGACCUCGACCGGAACUUCGAUAGGGUUUAUACAGAGUCCGCUCUAACAGUGGGAGGUUAUAACGACUCGUACAUCCCGUUCCCGAGGACUUCCGGUGCGAAAUUUUGUUCCGUUAACACGCUGGUCUGUUUCGGCAGGCCGUUGCUUACCAGACGGUUGGGCAGUAAAAACGAUGCCGGUACCCCGAGAGCGUUGUCCGCGCUGGAGGCCCUUUUAGCUAAACGUUCUACCGACCAAAUGACCGUGUCCGCGUAUUAUUUCCAAAAGCAGAAACAACGGUCUCGCUCGAAGCAUACUCUUUCGAAAGCGUCCAAAGCGAUGGUUCAUGUCUACGAUGCUACAUGUUUGUUUCUCAUUAAUCGGCAGUUGGCCGAGGAAUAUAUUUUAGAUGGAGAUGUAGACACCGUUUGUAAGCAUAAUGCGGCAGCUGCCGCAGUAGUAGGUAGAAAAGACUUGGUACAGGCCUGGACUAUAGCGGAAUUAACUUUGUCCCAUCGGCAAUCGGAUGACGAUGGAGUCUGGACCGCUCACCCUUGCGGCGACAAUCUCCUGACCGCUCUAAUUAAACACUACGCGUCCCAGUCGGAUUUGCAGAUGGCGGCCAUGUUAUGCUGUAUAUUUGGGAAACACCAGGCGAAUUUGUUGAGGAAGAAAGCGCAACUUUUACCUGCGCAACUAGGCCCAAGCAAGAGGUGGUUUCAGAUCGGAGGGUCGCCGUACCACACCAUACCCUCGGCAGACAUCGUGGCCGAAGGAUGGGUACUACCUAUUUUAAAAAGCACACGUUCCACUUCGUUGGAUAAUUUGAAGAUCGACGAAAUCGUAAUUUCGCCCCUUCCCCCAAUAGUUCCUUCGAAAGUUCCUUACGUGGCCCUCUAUGAAUAUUUUAAAUUGGCUUAUGCCGAAACGCUUCAUAGAUGGCGGCUGCUGUAUAACAGAGCAGAGGUUAUGAAGUUCAUGGCGAUCCAACCGGAGCCCUAUAAAGGGGCCGAAUUCAUUCCCGACUGUCAGACCUGUCAGACGCCGAUUAAAAAGGCGGUUUGCACGAAUUGCAAAAAACUGCCCCUGCAUUGUAUCGUGUGUAACAUGGCGGUAAAGGCGUCCGUUAACUGUUGUCUCCUUUGCGGCCAUGGGGGACACACCGACCAUUUGGAACAGUGGUUUCGGAAAAAAUCGGUCUGCGCCCUAUGCGGGUGUCAUUGUUUGUUCGAAACUACUUCGACCAUAGGCAGUUAGAUCGUUGGAUCGUCCGAGUCGGUUGUUUUGUGAUAUUAUCGUAUACUUGUAUAGUCUUUACUGAGUAAAGUGUGAUUUUUACAGAUAUAUCGUAAUUAAUUUGCCGCUGUAAAAGUGUAGGGAUUAGGAAUGAUUUAUGUUAGUCUUAAUUUAAUUAUAUUAAAUUAUUUCUUUAG